GCGGCGGGCGCGAAUGGCGGAGCAGUGGGAUCUGGACGAGGAGGGCCUCCGCCGCCUGGGGGCGCUGACCCUGGAGCAGCCCGAGCUGGUGGAGUCUCUUUCAUUGCAGGGAUCUUAUGCUGGAAAAAUCCAUUCUAUUGGUGAUGCCUUCAGAAAUUUCAAAAAUCUCCGAUCCUUAGAUUUAUCAAGAAAUUUGAUCACUAGCCUAAAGGGCAUCCAGUAUUUGUGUUCACUCCAGGAUCUGAACUUAUAUUACAACAACAUUCCUUCAUUAGUGGAGGUGUCCCGACUUCAACCCUUGCCCUUCCUCAAAGAACUAGAUUUGAGACUCAAUCCUGUUGUAAGGAAAGAUACAGAUUAUAGGCUUUUCGCCGUGUACACGCUGCAAACUCUGGAAAAACUAGAUGACCGAACUGUGCGUGAGAGCGAGAGGAAAGCUGCCAAGCUGCAUUUCAGUCAGUUGGGCAACAGUGAAAAUUUUCUUUUAGAGGUGGAAAAGAGCUCUAGGGAGAAGACAAUGAAAACCUGUGUGACAGAUGAAGGCUCUGCAUCAAAAGUCAAUCCUGAGGUCGACACCAGGAUCGAAACAGACUCAAACAAAGGACUUUUUAUUCCCUUCCCCAAUCGGGAAAUAAAGGAUUCUCUAACCAGUACUUCUGCAACCCAGGGCAAUGGAACACCAGCUCAGAAAUUAGAUGUUUUCCCACUGGGGACACAGAUGCAGGAAGCAACCAGAAGGGAGACAAGUGACACCCACAAGGAAGAUGGAUUAGAAUUGAGACAUUACUUGCCUCAUCGGUCCACAGUCCGAUCUCCAGAGAAGAUGAGUAGAGAUGGAUACCGAGUAUCUUUUUUAGACACUAAGUCUUCAGGCUCUUCUCCAGAAAAAGACUUGAUACCAAAACCUGACACAUAUCCAUGUACCCAUGAUGUCUCACUGGGUAAACGCCUGGAAGUGGGUGAUUCUAGCCAGAUCCUUCCCUAUCAAUUACCUUCGGAUGUUGGUCUGGACUAUUAUGAUAAUCAUUAUUCUCAAACCCUUUCCCUGCACGGAAGUCUUGUCAAAAAGCCUCAAAAAAUCAAGAACUACCGAGAAUAUAGCAUAAAGCCUUCAAAUGACAUAAAGGCCACCUCAUCUCAUUCCUGUGGAGACCUACUAACUUCUCUGUCAAACCCCGACUCCAGCACAGGAAGACUUUUGAAGCUUAGUUCAGAUCUGUAUGCCACAACCCACUUCAACAGCGAGCCUGCCCUGCUGACCGGUGUAGAGCAACAGUUAUCCAGCAGUCUCAGUGAUUUUGCACCAGCACCUGGUUCUUUCCCAAGCAACCGGGUCCUAGGAAACUCUCUGCAGACACUGCUGUUGCCUCCUGGGACUCCAGAAAACAGAGAGAUUCCAACUAAGAGGUCAUUAAGCGGAGGAGUCAAGUGGAAGGACAAUGUUCUUGCCAACCUGAAUCUGAAGUGUGGUUUCCAAGAAGCUACAGGCAUCGAGGCGCAACCUCUCUCUAGUGACCUGGGCAGUUUGCGUGGUUUACUGGACAACCAUAGUCCCCCGAUCUCUGCCAGAACCCCCCACGUGGCCACUGUCCUCAGACAGCUCCUGGAGCUGGUCGAUAAGCACUGGAGUGGCUCUGGCUCCCUCCUCCUCAACAAGAAGUUUCUUGGUCCUGCCAGAGAUUUGCUUCUGUCUUUGGUUGUGCCUGCACCUCCUCAGCAGUGGCAUCGCUCACAGCUCGAAGACAAGGCAGGGAAAGCCUUCCGCUGGAGGGAGAGUGAACUGAAGGAAGCAGGGCUGCUGGUCCCUAACGACGUGGAAAAUUUGAAGCAAAAAUUGGUCAAAGUGCUGGAGGAAAACCUUAUUUUGUCAGAAAAAAUUCAGCAGUUGGAGGGAAGUGCUGCCACCUCAGUUGUGAGUGGGCACCCAUCUCAAACACACGAUGAUCUUCUGCGCAAAAACCAACAGCUGACCAUACAGGUGGCCUGCCUGAACCAGGAGCUGACUCAGCUGAAAAGGCUGGAGGAGACAGUUGCUCUUCUCCACGAGAGUCAGAGAUCCCUGGUGGUAACUAAUGAGUAUCUGCUGCAGCAGCUGAAUAAAGAGCACAAAGGCUAUUCCGGGAAAUCGCUCCUGCCUCCCGAGAAAAGUCAUCCUUUGGGGAGAUCGUCACCCUUUGGGAAAGGCACGCUGUCUUCCUCCUCACCAACGGCACACGACACGGGUCAGUAUCUAAUACAGAGUGUCUCAGAAGCUGCCCCCGAGCCUAGCUUGUGGAGCUAACACUGAACCUUCACACCCGCUCCCUUCCCCCAUGGAGGGCUCCGGUGCCCGCCGUUGUCAGUGUUGGGUAGUGGUGUUUACCCCAGAGACUAAGAAAACAACUUUGAUAAUUAUAUUGUCCCUCUUUUA